AUGGUGCUGAAGCUGACUGGGCCCAUGCACCAGGCCGAGUGCGGGUGGGGUCACGUGAUAGUGCGUAUGAACGACGAGGUUGUGAGGACGGAGAUGGUGGAGGUAGGAGUGAACGAAGUCUCUAUGAUCCCUCCUGAUGGUCAAGGUGUCUGUGACGAUGUUUGGUGUCCGUCUGCAGAUGGUCAGAAGCCCAUGGGGAGCGGUGAAGGGGAAGGAGAUGCUACAGCAGCCCUGGGUCCUCCUGUUCCCCCUGCUGCCUCAAGGUGGUUCGAGGGAGGUGCCGACGUCAUCGUGCCAAACUUCACUGGGGUGGAGAUCGUCGCGGCGUUGCUCAUGGAUGACAGGGAGAAAUUUCUCAGCUCGUCAGUUUGCGGCUCUCACAUACUCCCGGGGGGUCCAGCUGAGAGCAUGUUGUCCUGGAACAUGGCCAAGUUCGCUGGCAUCGCGAUAGACCAGUCUGGACUUCAGGGUGAUUUCCAUGGCCAGAACAAGCCUGCAGGAGCGAAUCGCCUCCAUAGCUGCUCGCAAGGUCGGGGAGGGGAGGAGCGAAGGGCGAAUGGAGGCUGGGGAGCUGAUGGCACCGUAGGAGGAAGGAGCAGACGCGCAUGCGGCGGAGAGAAGAUUGGUAGGAAGGGGGAGGAAGAGGAGCAAGAGCUUGACUCUGUUCCGUCUCUGCGCUCGCUGCUCGCAAUGCUGCCGCCUGAGCCCAACGUGCUCGUGGACGAAUGGACGAGACUGUUGAAGCAAGCAGGUGCCAAGAUGUCUGUCAGCGACUCCAAGGGAAGGGAAGAGAGUGGAGAGACUGGAAGAGAGAAAGGAGGAGAGACUGGAGGAGAGAAGAUGCCGAGAGCGGGAGCGGAUGAGGAUGAUGCGAAAGUUGCUGUCUGCCUCUCCGGUGCAAUGAGAGGAUCAGAAGCAAGUUUGAUUCAGGAGAUGUUGUUCUCCAAACUACCAAAGUUCGAUCUCUUUGCUUACAUCUUGAACGAUGGCACGGCACCAAGUGGCUUGGCAUCUGCCGCCUCGUCGCAGGUACGUCUAUUACCAUCCGAACAAUCAAGAGCCUAUAAGGAGCUGCGAGCAAGGAGCUCGUGCGGGAGCACAGGCUGCUGGAGAGAGUCAGAGCAGAUCGUGUCGACUGGCGGAGAAGGAGCUUUCCGACACUUCCACAAUGGAACUAGAGCUUUCUAG